AUGGCGUCAUCCAAAGUAAAGUGUUGCAAGAAAAAGGCUGCUCGUUGCGGGCGAUGGAAAGGAGCCGAGUUCAGCCGCGGACCAGAAACGGAUGGUGCCGACGCAGGACUGCGCCAUGCAAGUAGCUGGCUGCUUCAAGCACGCUUUUUCGUCUUCAUUCGGGACCGAUGGAGCAUCUUAUCAUGGGAAGUCGCGGAUAUUUUAGAAACAAUUGCGAAUCACGUCGACCAAAAACUUAUGCAAGACGGCAGCGGCAUCCCAGAGCUCAACAAAAGUGGCUGCUACCGAAGUUGCGGUCCCGCAUGCACAAAAAGUUUUUCGCUCGAAUUGAUGCAUGAAGUCACCAUCCGACUCGCGUUCGAUUUUGUGGCGUCCCCUGCAAUAGAAACGAAAGAAAACAUCGAACUUCGCGUUGAAAGCGUCGGCCUAGGCCUGCAGGAAUUCAUUUUAUCAAGUGUAGGCGGAAGCGAGGGCAACUGA